CACUUUGGAAAGCAUACAUUUUGCAGUUUCCAGCAAGAGAAGCAAAACAAUUCACGAUGGCAUUGCGUUCAGCUGGAAGAUUAACAAAGUCAAUAUUUUCAAAAAGCGUUUUACCUCGCGCUGUUUUGGGCCAGAGACUUUCCCUCAACUCAAGCGCGUCGCCAGGAGAUCGUAUAUGGUCUUGUAGUAAAGAAACUGAUCGAAGCCAAAUUGGCUUGGAGUGUUUAAAAGAUAUGGUGAUCGAUGGAGAUUUACAACUGUUUGACGUACGAGAACCUCACGAACUUGUUUCACUUGGGAAAAUACCGAAGUCUGUUAAUAUUCCAUGUAAGUUGUAAAUAACGUAACAUGCCUAUUUUUUUCUCUUCAGGAGUACAGCAAAAGUUGUAUUAUUUUUCUUGUUGAUUUCCUCCAAGUUAAAGAAAUAUCGGCGUAUUCUCUACUCAAAUGAGAAUUAGACUUAAGGCUCUGAAAAGUAAGCUUUUUUCUUCGUAAAGAAACAACUUCCAAAUAAUGUUGUACUUAUUCCCUUCAGUCUCUAAUUGUUUUUCAAUCGAUUUCACACCGCCAUGUAUUAUUCACAAUGACUGUAAUUUGACUUUCAGUGACAGAAAUUGUCGAGGCCUUUAGCAUGAGUCCAUCAGAUUUCGAGAAAAAAUACGGUGUCAGAAAACCAGAUGUUAAAGACGAAAAUCUCAUCUUCCAUUGUCAAACUGGUCGGCGAGCAGGGAAGGCCGUGGAAAGUGUCAAAGGACUGGGGUUUGAAAAGUACGUUCGUUGUGGAAUAACUUACGAAUAAGUGUAUGUAUACCUGCGACCUAUACAGGUGCACCUGGCUAAAGCAGUUACUCAUGGUAACCUGGGUCAGAGUGGGCUAAAAGGAAGAUUUCAUCAUUUCCUUUUACCCUCCACUCCAAUCCGCUCUUCUAUCGUCCACUCUAGACUCCCUCGGUAACCCUUCCGUCAGCGGAAAUUGUUAUCUGCAUAGCGCUAGAUCUGUUAGAACACGCAGCUGUCACGCGAUCGCUAAUGGAGUUGUCACGAAAUAGCCUACGCUAUCCAUACAUUCCUCUCAAAGGAGAAAUGUUUCUCCUUGGAGGGGAAGGGUAGGACUACACGUAAAGUAUCACGAAACAGUGCAUUUUUACUGUUGUCUCUUAACUAUCCUAUAUAUUUCUGCAUAUGACCGCAGUUAUUGUCGUUUUUUAGGGCCAGUCGUCUGGUUGGAGGAUGGUCUGAACUGGACUUCCAUAUCAAAAGGAAGCCUCACAAUACCCCGCGCGAAAUCACAUUCGAACGUUGAUGACAGAUGUGCAGUUCGAACAAAUAAAUAUCCCCACUGGGGAAGGAACUGAAUUGUCGCCCUCAAACCAGUGAUGUUUUAUAUUUAUAAUCUAAUUUAAACGUCGUUUAAAUCUUUCUUGUAAUAUUUAGUCAUCUUUAGUUGAUAAAUUCAUUUUCACUUCUAAUAUUUUAACUUGUGACCAAUACGCAUUUAAUGUAUGGUCCCUAGGGAAACAGUUGGAGUCCUGAUGUUUCCCGAGACGAAGUCCAGGGAGACAUCAGGACUCGAGGGAAAACAACAUUAACUAGUUUCCCGAAGGACUAUACACAAAGCGCUUUGUUAUAUAUUUAGACUUUCCCUUAAACAAUCAUAUGGCAAAGAUAUGCUGUUAUAUUCGACGCGCGGGCAACAACUGCGCAUAUUGUAUCCCGGUCGGGAUACAUUUGAAUUUGAUCAGGGGCACAUGAACAAGAAUUAACCAAUCACAGUGCUCGUUUUGUUGAGUGAAAGUCUAGGUAUAUAAAAAUGAUUUAUAUUUCAUAUUUCACCGAUGAAAAAAAGAAGUGUCCUAUUUUUUUAACUUAUCAUGAGCUUAUUGUACUGAAAAUAUUUUAUUUAUUGUUAUUGUUAUUUCCCAAAUUUUGUCUGCAAAUUGUAACAUUUUUUAAUGGAUUUGUCACUGUAAAUAACUCUGUUAUCUACAUUGGUAAUGUCAUUUGCUGAACUCUAUGGAACCCCAGGUAGAACUCAUUAUGUCAGAGAAAGUCACAUAGCUCUGGGAAAAGUGGCCAGGCAAUUGAGUUAGUUCACCUGGGUCUCUAGAUGAUGACAUAUUUUGAG